GGCGGGCUGAGGGCCCUAGCAUCACGAUGGACGGUGCAAAGGACACAGAUGAUGAGGAGUGUGUCCAUCCGCGGGUCAUCAUUCACAUCGACAUGGAUUACUACUACGCCCAGGUGGAGGAAGUGCUCAACCCUUCGCUCAAGGAUAAACCGUUCGCGGUGAAGCAACGCUUUUGCGUAGUGACCUCGAACUACAUCGCGCGCGAGAAAGGCAUCAAGAAGCUGCAGCCGGUGAAGGAAGCGCUCGCCGCCUGUCCCGAGCUGGUGCUGCUCAACGGCGAAGACAUUACCAAGUACAAGGCGAUGUCGGUGCGGAUCAACGAAAUCAUGCACCGGUUUACGCCGCACGUCGAGAAGCUCGGGCUGGACGAAAACUAUCUCGACGUAACGGAGCUGAUCGCGGAACGGCUCGAACAGCUGGAGGGGGCCGGGGACAGUGCGGCGCUGGCAAAGCUAGACUUUGUGCAGGGGUUCAUACACCCGCCCCGGACCGAUGAAUCGAGCGCGCUCGACCCACCGUCCCACCGGGAGACGGACCGCGACCUGUUCCGGCGCUGUUGCUGCUGUGGCUGUGAUCGAAGACUGAUACUGGCGACGCACCUGGCCCAGGAGAUACGGGACAGCAUAUUCCAGGAGCUGGGGCUGCGCUGCUGUGCCGGCAUCGCGCACAACAAGCUGCUGGCCAAGCUGGUCGGUGCCGUCCACAAGCAGAACAAACAGACGGUGCUGCUGCCCACGCACGCGACCGCGUUCGUCGCGUCGCUCGGUUCGGUGCGCAGCCUCACCGGGAUCGGGGAGAAGACGGCCCAAACGUUGGCCGACAGCUGCGGCAUUAGCACCGUCACGGAUCUGCAGUGCAUCGAGCUGGAUCGGCUCACGAAACAUCUCGGCUACGAGCAGGCCGUCCGGCUGAAGCAGCUUGCCCUCGGGCGGGACGAUACGGUCGUGCGGCAGACGGGGAAACCGAAAUCCGUCGGCCUGGAGGACUCCUGCCCCUCCAUCUCGGUGCGGGCGGAUGCGGAGGACAAGUUCCGCCACCUGUUGGUGCGGUUGGUGAAAAACAUCGCGGACGAUGGCCGGGUACCGAUCGCGAUCAAGGUGACCGUGCGCAAGUACGACCUGGCGAAGCGGACCACCCACCGGGAGUCCAAGCAGGACAAGCUGCUGCCCUCCAUGUUCCGGCACGUGGGCGGCCGGCUCGUGCUGGCGGACGGUGCGCAGGAGAAAAUUCUCACCAUCGUGAUGAAGGUGUUUGAGCGCAUGGUGGACCUGCGGCAGCCGUUCAACAUAACGCUGCUCGGGCUGUCGUUCUUCAAGUUCCAGGAGCGGCGCAUCGGCAGCAAAUCGAUCGCCAACUUUCUGAUCAAAAAGUCCGACAUCGAGGUGCAGUCGAUCACGAACCUGAGCAACGAGUCGAUCACGCUCAGCGACAUCAGCUUCUGCUCGAACAAGUCCGCCCUGUCGCUGUCGGCGAUGGACUGCGAGCCGUGCUGCUCGUCCGACGCCGGUUCGGUCGCGUCCCUGUCCGGCUCGGAAUCGGACGCGGAACCGUCGCCGAAGAAAUCGCGCCGGCUGCUGUUCUGUCAGGGCCGGCGGCCCGCAAGCACACAGGACCGGCACUACGGCAACAGCGAACCGGACGAAACGACGCUCAGCAAGCUGCGUGUCGCCGAUCUGCGCCUGAAUUCCAAAGAGUUCGAUCAAGAUGCCCAUCCGUCCGGCGGCACCACAGCGGUUGCUGCUGCCUCGUCUUCGUCUUCGCCGUCGUCCGGUGCGCCGAUGGACGUUUCCACCACCAGCAGCACGGCCGCAACAACAGCAGCGAAGCAAACGUCCUUCUUCCGCGAGCGAAUUGCGACCGACGCAUCAUCAUCAUGCACGGUGCUCCGGCCAGCAGCAGGCGCGUCGAACGAUUGCAGCAUGGCAACCGCGGCUGGCAGCAGCAGCAGUAAGAUGGAGGUCAGCGUAUCAUCCCCCUCUGCGGCGGGGUGCGAUCGUGGAGCAAGUGGGGACCAUCAACAACACCACCAUCACCACCACCACCACCACCACCACAGCCACUACCAGGGCGAGCAGAAGAAUCAUCAUAGCAAAACAAAUCUCCUUCCGCCUAGCGUGGAUCCGGAAGUGUUCCAUGCGCUGUCGGCGGACGUCCAGCAGGAGCUGCUCGCUAACUGGCGACGAGCGAACGGUGCCGGCAUGCUGGUGACGGCCGGCGGUAGUUCCAGCGCAGCGGGAAUGGCUCCCUCCAGCAAACCGAACCUGCUGGGGCCGGGCGCCAGUGGGAGCCCAAACAGUACUCACAGCAACAAUUCCACCACUAAUAGCAGCAGUAGUAGCAGCAGCAGCAGUAGUAGUAAUAGCAGUGUCCCUUCCACGAACGCUGCCACGACGACCGGUAAGGGUAGCGCUAAAAACACUUUACAUCGCUACUUCGUUAAAAACACGUAGCAUCGUUAUCUCGUAUUAACUGUCGCAUCUUAAUAGUAUAUAUAUACAUCGAUACGUGGUGUGUCCUUUUUUCUCUCUUUUGUUUCAUAUCGAUGGUAAACACACUGCACACACACGUCCGCGAAACGUCCGGCCAUGGCACGGCCCGCACACACGGUGUACGGACGGAGCGCAGGGACAGUGUUGGUUUUAUCGCUUAGAGUAACACGUUCUUGAGUUGAUUUGUUUGUUUCAUUGUUUUGUUUCGUUUUUUUCGGCAAAUUUGGCGCUCUCUAUUUCGUUUACACCGUUACACCGAACCACUCUACACGGCCGGCGAGUGUUUUAAAUUCUCAAUCGGAACAUAGGCGAAGAAGUACUGUUCUUAUCGUAAUCGUUUUUUGAUUUUUAGUUUUCCUUAUAGUGUGUGGUGAUUUAUGAGUUAAGCUUUUGCGGAAAAGAUGUACGUUAUGUGUUGUUACCUUUUAGACGUUUGCCGAGGCUACUACUACUACCCCCAACUCUCUCUCUCUCUCUAACGGAGGAGACGAAAGACGUUGGUGGCGAUUUAAUUUCUUAUGCAACUGUUUGCGUUUUGGUUUUAAUUUUUGUUUGCUUCUAUUUUUCCGUUCUUCUUUUCCCUACAACUUCAUUUUUCAUCGUUCUGUACAUACUUACAUUACUGAGCAAAGCAUUUUACCGUACACAACACAGCCACUUCGGUUUGCCUUUCACCCGUUUAUCAGCAACAAUCAUUUACAACAACUUAAAACCAUUCCCGCCUAAGAGGAGAGAGAGAAAGAGAGGGAGGUAGAAGAGAAUUGAGAGAAUAUAAUGUUUAAUAGUGAAACAAAUACACAAUAACAAGUUGUUAAACCGAUCAAA